CCCGGGGUCCUGCAGCCCCGGAGCCCGCAGCGCGGGGCGCAGAGUGACCCCCCCAACCCUCUCGACAGCGCGGGGUGCGGGGUGCGGGAGGGAACCCGUCGGAGCCGCGCAGCACCGAACACGCCCCGUGUUGCGCUGCGCCGGCCGCGCAGAGCCGCACUAAGACCCUGCGCGCCCGCCGCGCACCGCCCCUUCCCCGCCGCCCGCCCCCCUGCGCGGAGCGGUGCGCGGCGCUGCGCGGGCAGUGCGCGGCAGCGGCGGCGGGGAUGGGCGGUGCGGCGCUGGCGCUGCUGCUGCUGGUGGCGGCGGCGACGGAGCCGUGCGCGGCGCAGUACGAGGAGUACAGCGUGCGCGGGUUCCCCGCGGACGCGCUGGAGCCGCUGCAACGAGCCUACGCGCGGGCGCUGGCGCAGUACGCGGGCGCGCAGUGGGCAGAGAGCGCCCGGGCGCUGGAGGCGAGCCUGCGCCUGCACCGGCUGCUGCGCGACAGCGAAGCGCAUUGCCACCGCCGCUGCGCGGAGCCGGGCCCCGCAGAGGAGCCCCCCGCCGAGGGGGACCCCGCGGCCCCGGAGUGGGAGCGGGAGAUGCAGCUCUUCGGGCGGCUGCUGCGCCGCGCAGGCUGCCUGCGCGCCUGCAAGCGCGACCUGCCCGUGUUCCAGCUGCGCUACCCGCCCGCGCAGACGCUGCGCGACUUCCAGCGCCGCCUGCCCUACCAGUACCUGCACUACGCGCUCUUCAAGUCCAAUAAGAUCGAGAAAGCAGUGUCCGCUGCGCACACCUUCCUGCAGAAGAACCCCAAGCACGAGAUGACCUUGAAGUACCUGAACUAUUACAGGACAAUGCUGGAUGUGGAUGAAUACCUGGUCGACCUGGAGGCCCAGCCCUACGAGCCCAUAUUCGUGCGCUCGGUGAAGCUCUACAACAACGGGGAUUUUCGGAGCAGCGCGGCCGAUAUGGAGCAGGCGCUGGCCGAGUACUACAAGGCGUACGAGGACUGCCUGGCCGGCUGCGAGGGCGCCUACGAGCUGCAGGACUUCAAGGACUUCUACCCCGCCAUCGCAGAUCACUUUGUGAGCGUGCUGCAGUGCAAGGUGGACUGCGAGACCGAGCUCACCCCCAACGUGGGGGGCUACUUCGUGGAGAAGUUUGUGGCCACCAUGUACCACUACCUGCAGUUCGCCUACUACAAGCUGAACGAUGUGCAGGACGCGGUGCGCAGCGUCUCCAGCUACAUGCUCUUUGACCCGGGUGACACCGUGAUGCAGCAGAACCUGGUCUAUUACCGCUUCCACCGUGAGCGCUGGCGCCUGCGCGAGGAGGACUUCGAGCCGCGGCCGGAAGCCGUGCGCUACCACAACCAGACGGCCACGCAGAAGAUGAUGCUGGACUUCGCCAGGCAGUACCUGCAGGCUGAUGACGAGAUGGAGGUGGAUGGUGAUGAGGGGCUGGAGGCGCGGGACCUGCCCUCCGAUGGCGAGUUCGAGGGUGAAGGCGACUACGAGGAGGGCUUCUUCGCUGAGUGGUGGCAGGAGCCCAGGACCAAAGGGGACAAAGCUGACCAAGAGACCCUGUCAUGAGCCAGGCGAAGGGGCACCGGCCCCGGCAGAGCUGGAUGGAUGGUGGCGGCCCUGUGACACCAUCUGGGGACACAGGGCUCCUGACAGCCACCACGCAGCAACCUGGGCUUGAAGGGAAGGGCCGAUCCUGCCCUGUGCCCUGCGGCAGCGCUGCCUCUGCCGGCUGGACAUCACUGUCCUGAGCGCAGCCCCAUUCCUGUCAAUGGAGCAUCGGCACCGCUGAACCUUCCUGCCUGCCCAGGAGCUCCCCCAGGGCCGCCCUUGUCCCCAGGAGCCUGGUGGUUCCCCACAGCACUGGGGCUCACCGUGUCCAUCAGCUCCUUCCCGGGGCCUGGGGACACUGUGCCAGGAUUGACCAUGUCAUCUCGAGGGGCUGCCCCUGCUCGGGGAGCAAUGCACGGUGCUGCCCCAUCUCAGGGCUCCUUCCAGGGUCCCUUUGGACCUCACAGCCCGGUGCUUGGACGGGGCUCCCGGUGUGCUGGCGUCCCCACGCUGCCUGGCAAGGCUGCAUUGCCCGUGCCGUGCGUGUGCCUUGAGUUCUCCCCACACCAGCCCUCUGUAGCCUCAAGCUCCGUUAAUUUAAUACUUCCCGACUCGCACGGGCGCUUUUUAUUUUUAAAUAUUUACUUUUAAUAAAAUCUGGACCAGUCUUUUCA